AUGGACGAGUAUGUAUUGCUAGCUUUUUUUAUUGGCUUCUUAAUUUUAUCAGGAAUAACAGCGUUGAGAGCAUUAGUAGUAUACAGCCGUAAAGACGAAAAGAAUCGAUCUAUUUACUUUUUUAUAAAAUUUCUUGUUGUUAUAGGAUUUGUUCUGUGUUGGGAUACGGUAAUAUUACUUCCGAUUGAUGUUUAUUAUAAUUUAUCGCAUGAUAUAAAAAAAUAUGUAAAUAUAUUUACCUUAUAUAGAUCCUAUUACUGGGCAUGCUUAGUCUUCAUUUUUUUUUUAACACCAAUUACAAACACUAUUUAUUUAGAGCCAGAAAAGCAGACUCGCUCCCAUAGGCGAAAUAAUUAUGACAACAAUAACAAUAAUAAUAAUAAUUAUUAUUAUUUUGGCAGUAGUUAUGGCAAUACUAAGAGUAAGAAAGGAAGUAGUAGGCGUAAUACAGGACAAGGCAAUGAAGUGGACAUAUAUAAAUAUAAGAAGCUUUUUUCAAAAAUAUUAUCAGCCACUUUUUUCUCCUUUGUUUUAGCAUUUUGCUUAUUUUUCUUGACAUACUUGGCUGUUAAAAAAUUUACCAUAUCAUUAGAUGCACAAGAUUGUAAAUUAUGGUACCCUUAUAUUGAAAACACAAAUAAAAAGGACUUUUUAAAAUAUAAUAUUCGAAAAAUCGAAAGUUGUCAGAACAUUGUACAUACAAAUAUCAAAGUGAAUAUAGACUUAAAUUUUAACGACUAUAUUGUAAUAUUUAUGUUAUUUGUCGGGCUUCAUUUUUUUUCAUUUUACGUUGCAAUCGGGUUGGCGUCCUUUCCCUUAAGCUUAAUUAGAUCAUAUAUAUACAGAAAAAAAAAAAUAAAAGAAGAUGAUUUCAAAUAUGAGCUCUCAUUAAUAAAUAGAAAAGCAACCAGGCUAAUGAACAUUACAGAAAUGUUACAAACAGAAAGGAAGCAAAUAUAUAAAGUGAACUACUGCAUAUCGUUUAUUAAAUAUAUAAGAUAUAAGAGACAGAAAAAAAUUCUCAGUUAUAUGGUGCAUAAACUAGAAAAAGACUAUGAAAAUCUAUUAGAUAACUACAAUAACCCUACAAAUAAACACUUUGUGAAAAACAACUUAAUCGUAAUUUCGAUGAUCAUCUAUACACUGAUUGCGUCCUAUAUGCUUAUCUGCGCAUUGUCUGGGUUCAUUUAUUUCUGCUCCGAGCUCCAUCUAGGACUUGUUUUUGCUUUAGAAAAAAAAGAUACAUAUUUGAACUCCUUCCUUUUGAACAUAUGCCUUUUUUUUUUUGUUUCAUCUGGAGCGGCGUUAUUCUCAACGAAAAUACUUAACGCUUAUUCAAGGCGCUCUCACGCAAUUUUUUUUUUUGACCUGACCUUAAGAAAGCUUGGUAUUAUUGGACAAGCAUAUGCAAACAAUGCGUUGUUAUACUUCGUUUUAGUGAUAAACUUGUUAACGGUCAUCGUAUUUUUCUUCCCAAAAAAGUGCAGCCUUAGUUGCUUAUCUGUGCCUUCAAAAUUUUUUAAAAUUAGCGAUGAGGUAUACGAUGGACAAGAAAUAGAUUUGGAAAGUAACACUGCUUCAGACAACAUUGACAAGCAGCACUUCAAGGCAACAAAACUGUUCAAAUAG